AUGUUUUUUUAUCAUAAUCGUCGAAGACAAAAUAAUUAUGGAAUAUAUUUGCUGGCAUAUCAUUUGUUCAAUUCACGUAACAUUCCACCAGUCACUCUAAUUAUUAUAAUAUUUCAAAUGGCGAUUUUUCUAGGUUAUAUUCCAGCCCUUAAUCAGCAUAAAACAGAAGCAAUGUGUCUUCUGCCAUCACGUAUAUUAUAUCGAUCUGAGUGGUUGCGAAUGCUUGCAUCCACAGUUAUGCAUGUUGACGAUAUGCAUCUUUAUUUUAAUAUGAUCUCAUUACUGUGGAAGGGUCGACGUUUGGAGCCUUGGUUAGGUUCGAGACGUUUUCUAUUACUUCUGAUAAUAUUUGCCUUAGCAACAAGCAGUACUAUAAUUGGAUUAAGCUAUUUAGCCGAUGAAAUAUUCAUUUUUAAUGGUGCUGAUUAUAUGAAUCAGUGCGCUGUUGGUUUUUCCGGUGUGCUUUUUGCUUUGAAGGUAUUGCAUACAACAUAUUUUCCUUAUUCGGACCAUAAUUUAUUUGGUUGGCUUCCUGUAUCAUCACAGUUUGCCUGUUGGGCAGAGUUGUUUCUUCUGCAAAUGUUAACUCCCAAUGUAUCAUUUAUCGGUCACCUUUCGGGCAUCAUUGUUGGUUUAGCGUACACAAUGGGUCCAUUAAAAACAGUUGUUGAUAUUGUAGAAAGCAUUGCUUCUCAAUUACUUGGUAUUAUACCGGAAUCACCUGCACAGACGAGGGAUAGAGUACGGUCAAAUAAUCGAAAUUGGUUCACUAACUGGGGCUUUAGUGGUGAAAACGGUGCUGCCCAUGAAACUCCUUCAUAUAGAUGGCGAAACGAACAAAGACGUUUUGACGAGUACACGGGUGGUAUGUCGGAAGAAGAGCAGAUGUGGAGAGCUACACAAAGAAGUUUGUAUGAAGAUGGUUGGCAUUCGUCCUUUUUUUGA